AUGUCCGCGAAGAAGGAGUUCACCAUGCAGGAUGUUGCUGAGCACAACACCUCCAGUGACAUCUACAUGGUUGUUCACGACAAGGUCUACGACUGCACCAAGUUCCUCGACGAGCAUCCCGGUGGUGAGGAGGUCAUGCUCGACGUUGCUGGUCAGGACGCCACCGAGGCUUUCGAGGAUGUUGGCCACAGUGACGAGGCCCGAGAGGUUCUCGACGGUCUUCUCGUCGGUGAGCUCAAGCGUCUGGUGAGUAACAGAGCCCUUUAUCUCGAUGGAGCAAACGCUAACAUGUGCCCGUUACAGCCUGGUGACGAGGGCCCCAAGCGUCAAAUCGCCAACUCGAACCAGGGGAGCGGCACGUCUGAUCCCGCCGGCUCCAGCUUGAACACAUAUGCCAUUGUUGUCGCCGUUGGUUUCAUCGCCUACGUUGCCUACAACUAUCUCCAGAAGCAGCAAGAGGCUCAAGGGCAAGCCUCCGCAUAA